UUAAGUUUUUUUUUGUAAGUAGAGAGAUAGCUUUAGACAUAAUUAAUAGACCUCUUCUUAUUUAUUUAUUUAUUUAUUUAUUUAUUUAUUUAUUUAUAACUGAUAUAUAUCAUGGGUAAGAUUACAGUAUCAGAAACAAGAGGGAAGCCACGUCAUAAUCCUUUGUUUAAGGAUAUUUCCACCCAAGGUGGGAAUUUAAGAUCAACCCCAAGGUCAUCGCAUGGAUCUAAUAAAGCUAAAUCAUCUAGAGCUAAUAAAAAGGAAAAUGAAGAAGAAGGAUUCCUUGAUGCUUCUGCUUCGAGAAAGAUUUUACAAUUAGCUAAGGAACAACAAGAAGAAUUAAGAGAUGAAGAAAAUGCUGAAAGACCUGCUUUUGGAAGUAGUUUCCAACCAGAAGAAGAAGAAGAUGACGAAGAAGAAGAAGAAAGCGAUGAGGAAGAUGAAGAUGAAGAAGAAUAUUCUGAUUUUGAAGUAGAAGAAGAAUACGAAGAAGAAGAAAUAGAAGUUGAUGAACAAGAUGCUGAAUUAUUCAAUAAAUACUUUCAAGCCAAUGGUGGACUUGGAGAACAAUCAAUAAAUUUAGCUGAUAAGAUUUUAGCCAAAAUUCAAGAAAGAGAAAUAGAAAUACAACAAGAACAAGAAGGUAAACCUUCUGAAGGGGUUUUAUUACCACCAAAGGUAAUCAUUGCAUAUGAAAAGAUUGGUAAGAUCUUAUCAACCUAUAGACAUGGUAAAUUACCAAAAUUAUUUAAAGUCUUACCUUCCUUAAGAAAUUGGGAAGAUGUAUUAUAUGUCACCAAUCCUGAAUCAUGGACUCCACAUGCCGUUUAUGAAGCUACCAAAUUAUUUGUAUCUAAUUUACAAGCCAAUGAAGCUCAAAAAUUCAUUCAAACUGUCUUAUUGGAAAGAUUUAGAACAUCUAUUGAAGAUUCUGAAGAUCAUGCCUUAAAUUAUCAUAUUUAUAGAGCAUUGAAAAAAUCAUUAUAUAAACCAGCUGCAUUCUUCAAAGGUUUCUUACUUCCAUUAGUUGAUUCAUAUUGUAAUGUCAGAGAAGCAACCAUUGCUGCUUCUGUAUUAGUUAAAGUUUCAGUUCCUGUAUUACAUUCUUCAGUUGUAUUAACUCAAUUAUUACAAAGAGAUUUCAGUCCUGCUACUACAGUAUUCAUUAGAGUUUUAAUCGAAAAGAAAUAUGCUUUACCAUAUCAAACUUUAGAUGAAUUAGUAUUUUACUUUAUGAGAUUCAGAAAUGCAAGUCAACCACAAAGUCAUGAUUCAAUGGAUGUUGAAUCUAAAGAUAAAAAGGGUCCACAAUUACCAGUCGUCUGGCAUAAAGCUUUCUUAGCAUUUGCUCAACGUUAUAAAAACGAUAUAACAGAUGAUCAAAGAGAUUUCUUACUUGAAACUGUUAGACAAAGAUUCCAUCAUGGUAUUGGACCAGAAAUUAGAAGAGAAUUACUUGCUGGUAAAGCAAGAUUAACUUCUGAACUGGCUCCUAAGGAAGCUAUUAUGGUUGAUGCAUUUUAAAAUUAAAAAUUAAAAAUUAAAAAUUAAAAAGUAAAAAUGGGUCUUUUGUAUAUUAGAGGAUUAAUAA